AUGGGUGAAGAAAAACCAGUGGAUCCAAAUCCAAACCCAAAACCGGAUCCGAACCCGGCUCAGGAAUCUCCAUCCGCAGCUACGCCUUUGGAGUCGGAGAAAGAGGCCGCCAUGGCACGAGCUCCUCCAUCAUUAGGCACAAAUCCUUCAUGGUUCACUCCUAAAAGGUUGCUUGGAAUCUUCUGUGUAAUCAACUUAAUAAAUUACAUAGAUCGAGGAGCUAUAGCAAGUAACGGUGUAAAUGGGAGCCGCAGAACAUGCUCCGCUAAUAGUACUUGCUCGUCUGGUAGUGGAAUUCAGGGUGAUUUUAACCUGAAUAACUUUGAGGAUGGAGUAAUAUCAUCUGCAUUCAUGGUCGGGCUCCUUGUGGCAUCUCCAAUAUUUGCAUCUUCGGCCAAGAGUGUCAAUCCUUUUAGACUAAUUGGAGUUGGUUUGACGGUGUGGACCGUUGCUGUUGCAUUUUGUGGAUUUUCAUUUAAUUUUUGGUCCAUUGCAAUCGCCCGCAUGCUAGUGGGUGUAGGGGAGGCUUCUUUUAUUAGUCUGGCUGCUCCAUUCAUUGACGACAAUGCACCCGUCACUCAGAGAACUGCAUGGCUGGGAGCAUUCUAUAUGUGUAUACCGACUGGUAUUGCUGUGGGGUAUGUUUAUGGCGGUUUGAUGGGUCACUUUGGUUGGCGUUGGGCAUUCUGGGUGGAGGCACUUUUGAUGCUCCCUUUUGCGGUUUUAGGCUUUGUGAUGAAACCAUUGCAGUUGAAAGGUCAUGUUCCUACUCUUAAAGGUGGUGAAAUUUCCAGAACAGAAGGUGUUGCAGAUGGAAGUUCAAAGCCUUUGAGGUCAGGAGCUUUGACAGUAUUCGGGAAAGAUAUGAAAGCUCUCUUAGUCGAUAAGAUUUAUUUGGUGAAUGUUCUUGGUUACAUUGCAUAUAAUUUCGUCAUAGGUGCCUAUUCCUAUUGGGGACCUAAGGCGGGUUACAAUAUAUAUCACAUGAGCAAUGCUGAUUAUAUGUUUGGAGGUGUCACAGCAGCCUGUGGAAUAUUAGGCUCACUAGCCGGUGGUUUUAUUCUCGACCGAAUGACUUCAACAAUAUCUAAUGCUUUUAAGCUUCUAUCGUUGGCCACAUUUUCUGGAGCUGUGUUUUGCUUUGCUGCAUUUUGCUUUAAGAGCCUAUAUGCGUUUUUGGCUCUUUUUGCAAUAGGAGAGCUGCUCGUAUUUGCUACCCAGGCCCCGGUUAAUUUUGUGUGCCUGCACUGUGUUAAGCCGAGUCUCAGACCAUUAUCUAUGGCGAUAUCGACUGUAUCAAUUCACAUAUUCGGUGAUGUGCCCUCAUCUCCCCUUGUUGGGCUUCUCCAGGAUCGAAUAAACAAUUGGAGGGCCACCGCUUUAAUUUUAACUUCGAUUCUAUUUGUGGCAGCCACAAUAUGGUUUAUUGGGGUUUUUCUUCAUAGCAUGGAUAGGUAUAACGAAGAUAGCGAGCAUCAAGUUACUUUGGUCGACAAAUCCAAUGCGACUCCAUUGCUGGCCGAGAAGACUACAGAAACUGCGUAG